UUCCAGGCAGGAAAAGGGUCUUCCAGGCAGGAAAAGGGUCUUCCAGGCGGGCGGACCCGGACCAUAGGAUGGCCGAUUACGGAUCCAAGAAGAAGGAGAGCGUGGGCGGCGUGGACAGAUUCAUGGAGGACCUCCCUCAGCCUUCUGUUGUUCACUAACUGAUUUGGGAACGAUGCAUUCCACGGAUCGGGACGUCAGCUGAGCAACGAGAUGCAGCUGAGCAUCCUGACCAAGGUGAAGAAAGGAGAGCUGUCCAUCGACGACGCUCUGAAGGAGGCCCGCAAGGACCGCCCGCAUCCCACGGGCCCCCAGGGGGCCCCCCAGCAGGAGCAGCUUCCCUCGCACUGCAACUUCAGCGUCCACAAGCACGGACGCUACAGGUGGAAGAAGAGAGUUCUUCAGUUUGACGUCAACAACCAAAUGCUGUGCACCAUCGAGAAAGGCCUCAUCAAGCGCCAACUUCCCUUCGCCAUCAUCAACGGCUGCGACGACAACAUGGGCUCCCGCUUCUCCAUCUCCUUCAAAGGUCACCACGACUACGAGCUGGAGGCCAUGUCCGUGCACGACAAGAACAAGAUCAUGCAGCUCGUCAACCAGAUCAUUUACCGCAACAUCUACAGCCAUCCUGAAGGGGGCGCCGUGGGGGCGGCCCAGCAGCCUCCACCCUCACCAAGCCUCCGUGAAGGUGUCCUCCUGUUGCACCGAGGCGGACUGGCGUCAUUCCGAUGGGUCAAGUAUGAGGUCCACCUGCACCACGGCCAGAUGACCCUGGUGCCCUUCAGUCAACGAGGUCCCGGCGAGGCAACGUCCCGGACGCCCGUGAACGUUGUGAUCCAUCUGUCGGAUGGCGACACCAGCGUCAAAAAGCCUCACGGCGCCGACGCCUUCGUCCUCGCCACACGCAAAAACCAAUACCAUUUCAGAGUACCGCCGUCAUGCCAGUCCGAUCCUGGCGGUGCACAAUCCGAGCGGGACGCGUGGGUCCAGGCCAUCGACAAGCUGUGUCGGGAAUGGAGAAGGAGGUCAAUGCAUGGAGGGGGGGGGUGCCCCAUCGGGGGCAGCCAGAGCCUGCGACAUCUUAGCAUCGCGGAAGACGCAGGGGAGGAUGCGGAAGAGGACUCCAACGAGGACGCCAACGGCUCCGAAGCCGAGUCUGAUUCUGAAGACCCCAACCGCCCGGACCCCGCUGCCCUCCCACCCGCUGGCACCCUCCCCGAGCCCCCGAGCCGUGAAGCAGCCUCGCCAGGUGAGCCGGUUCCGACCCCCAAGAGAAUCCCACCCCCUCCGCCUUUACCCCUCAAGUUCAUGAUCGGCCCGAGAAAGUUCCGCACCAAGGCCUUCCAUUGGGACCCAGUCGGCCCCCAGAAGAUUGCAAAGUCCUUCUGGGGGAAAGAACGCCACCGGAGGAUCGAAGUGGACACCACGCGGUUGGACCACCAGUUUGCCGUGAACGAGCCGGGGUCCUUAGCGCCGCCCGAGCCCAGCAGCACGCAACACAUCAUGCUCAACCAGAAGAUUGCACACAACUUCAACAUUUUCAUCAAAAGUUUUGCGGUGAAGCCAACAGAGCUGAAGGACAAACUAUUGGUGGUCAACCAGGAGGACGGGGGCCUGUCCGAGGAGCACAUCACCUCCUUGAGGAGGUACGUUCCCACCCAGGAGGACGUGGAGAUGUACGAGGCCUACAAAGGAGCCGUGAGCGAGCUGCACAUCGUGGACCAGUACAUGAUGGAGAUGUGCGCCAUCCCCGACCUGAGCCCCCGGCUGGACCUCCUGCUGACCCUCAGAGAGCUUCCCACCAGCAUGGCCGACCUGGAGCCGCUGAUUGGCCAGCAGACACGAAUGUGCGCCCAGCUGCACGCCUGCGCCUCCCUGGAGUUGGUCAUGCACUUCCUGUUGGCCGUCGGGAAUCACCUCAACCGGAACGCCGGAAGGGAAAAGGCCCGGGGAUUCCGACUCUCCUCCUUGACCAAACUGUCGCGGCUGCACGGGCGAGAGCGCUCCUUCACGUUGCUCCACGCCCUGGCGGAGCAGAUCCUGCUUCACCGGCCGGCCUUGGCCAACUUCACCGACCAGCUGACCCAAUUUGAGUCGGUCCCCGGAGCGUCGGUCAAAGGCCUGACUGCAGAGGUGGAUGUGCUGAAGGACGAGCUGCAGAAGGUCGUCCGCUACGCAAAAAGCUCAGAGAAGAAGAAGCUAGCAGCUGACCAGGCAAACUUCUACCGAGACCUCAAGGCGGCCGUGGACAAAUACCAGACGGAUCUCUUGACCUUGACAAAGUCUUGCGAGGCCAUGAAGAAGCUCUACGCCGCCAUCCUGGUGAAGUUCGGCGAGGCGUCUGACCAAGACUCCCAGGAGCUCUUUGGCUUCAUCUGCCAGUUCAUCCACGACUUCAAGAGGGCGCGAGCUGACGUCAUGUGGACCAGCGGACCCAGCGGACCCAGCGGCACCCCCCAGUGACAAAAUGGAGGACAUUUUUUGGGACAUAUUGUCCUGCCACCCCACCGGGCGGCUUUUAGGAUGGGUGCUGUGAUAAAUGAGGGAUGUCAGUGGAACGUGGAUGCACGGAACCCACGCAAGCACGGGGAGAACAGAGAUUGGGAGCCCCCACCUCCUCCCACGUGAGUUGGGGGACUAAAGUUGGGGGCCACCCUCUCAUCCAGUCACUCUCCAAACAAAAGAUUUGGGUGACACGUCUUCCACCCUGACCAAAAAGUCCAAAAGUGGUUGGCGGGGCCUAAUGUUGGGUAAGAAGACCCGGUUGGUUUCCUUUUUCAUUCCAGAUGCAACAUGGCUGUCUCUGCCCCCCCCCCACCCCCCCACUUGGGGGUGGUUGAUGUCACAUGACCCAGCAGCGACCAAACCCCACCCACCACUACCUGUGCUAAUAAUAAAUAAUCAAGU